UGAUCGCAUACCCAGACUUCCAUGCCCCUUUGCUUUUAUAUGAAUUAUGCAAGCAUGAGACGUGAAGCAAAUGUGCAUCAGAUAAUUAUUUUACAACCUUCACUUUACUAUGAGGAAUUGCUACCAGUUUGUCUCCUGCUCAAGGCUAACAAAUUUUUUAUGGACUUUAUUGAUUGUGGUCCUAUGCAACUGCAGCCCCAAAUUUGGAUGCCCUUUGGAGGAGUAUGAAGCUUUGUUAAAACUCAGAUCUUCUCUCCUUCACUACAACAACUCUUCACUACCGACAUGGGGAAGAGGGAGAGAUUGUUGCCUCUGGGAGAGAGUGAGCUGCAACAACAGCACACAACAAGUGUCAAAGCUCAUGCUAUCGAGCCUUGUAGGAUAUGAUCAACUUCAGGAUUGGCGAUUGAAUUUCAGCAUUUUUUCCUCCUUUCAUGAGCUCCAACAGCUUAACUUGUCCUACAAUCAAAUUACAGGAUCGUUAUCACAGAUAGAUAUGCCAGAAUUGAAAAAGUUGGAAAUCCUUGAUCUCGGCUAUAACAGACUCACUGGAAAUAUUCCAUUAUCUUUCAAAAACCUAUCUUCACUUAGUGUCUUGCAUCUAGAAGAAAACUUGUUAAAUGGCACACUUAAUGUGGAAGCUAUAUCAGGAUUGAGAAAGUUGAAAAUCCUUGAUCUCUUCUAUAACAGACUCAGUGGAACUACUCUACUAUCUCUUAGAAAUUUAUCUUCACUCAAUGUCCUGAAUCUAGGAGCGAAUAUGCUAAAGGGUACACUUGAUAUGGAAGACGCAUCAGGAUUUAGAAAGUUGGAACUCCUUGAUCUCAGCUUGAAUGAUCUCACUGGAACUAUUCCAUUAUCUUUCAAAAAUUUGUCAUCUCUCAGUGUCCUGAAUCUUGAAGGCAACAUGCUACACGACGCACUUAAUAGAGAAGGUAGUAACUUAUUGGAUCAUCUGCAAUUAUUUUUGUCAUAA